UCUUGUCAUGGCACUAACUGGCAAACUUAGUGUUGAAGUUGGGAUCCAAGCAUCUGCUGCUAAGUUCUUCAAACUCUUCGCAGCGGAACUCCAUGAUGUUCAAAACCUUGCAGACAUAGUUCAUGAAACCAAGGUGCAUCAAGGAGACUGGCAUAGCAUUGGCUCUGUUAAGCAGUGGACUUAUACCCUAGACGGUAAGGUAGUAUCGUGUAAGGAGAAAGUUGAAUCCAUUGACGAAGAGAAGAAAACAAUUACAUACAGCCUCUUCGAUGGAGAUGUCGCUCAGAAAUAUAAGACCUUUAAGCUCAUCUUUCAAGUGAUUGAUAAGAAUGACGGUCGUGCUGCUGUUAAUUGGACUAUUGAAUAUGAGAGGAUCAAUGAGGAUAUUCAACCACCAUUUAGCUACAUUGAGUAUUUCUACAAAUUUGCUACAUCUAUUGAUGGUAAUCUUCCCAAGGCAUAG